AUGAUGUUCCAAUACCCUCUUUUUGCGUUGAGUUUGAGUUUGAGUUUGAGUUUGGUUGGCAAUGCUGCUGGGUUUGCUCCUCUUCCAUUGACCUUGAAGACUACAAGCAGUGCUGCUGGUACUGUUGUUGAUCACAUGAGUGUGAGCUCUGCUUUGUUUGCCAAGAAGAAAAACAAGAAAAACAAAAAGAACAACGAAGAUGACGAUGGCGAAGAUCACGAUCCCAACCUUGAAAUGCUGCGCCAACAGUUGGAAAUGCAGUGGCAGGUGCAGAAGAGCCAUGAGCAAGGACCUGGACAUGGACCUGGACCUGGACAUGGACCUGGGCAGCACAAGAUGAAUGGAGUUGGAGAACCUGGCUUUAGCAGUCUCUUGGGUCCUCCUCCGAUGCAACCCAUGCAGCAGCAGCCAUACCCUAUGCAGCAGCAACCUUACCCCAUGCAGCAGCAACCAUACCCCAUGCAACAUGGACCUCAGCCUUAUCCUUACCCUGGACCCCCUCAUGGCCAUCCUCAUGGACCCCCUCAUGGCCAUCCCCACGCUCAGCCACCCAUGGGAGGCAUGGCAAUGGGCAUGGGAAUGUCAGCCAGAGAUCAGGCGGAAGCCGAUUGGAUUGAGCAGCGCAUGGCUCAGGAUGAUCAACAUUGGAGAAACGUUGGACAGCCAGCCACUGAGGAAUGGUUUGCCAGAAAUGGCUAUGUUCCUCCCUACAUGGUUCAAAAUCAGCAGCAACUUCAACGUCAGAAUCCACAGCAACAGCAACCCCAAAAUCAACGUCAACAGCAACAGCAGCAGCAACAAGGACACCAGACGGCUCAUGAGCAAAUCCAGAAUAUGCCCAAGGGACGGAAUCGAUCUGCAAGAGACCAAAUGUUCCGUAUUCACAACCAGCUCAAGAAUCACCCAAACUUUGCCGACGACGUGCUCUAUAACGAUCAGCAACAGCAGCAGCAGUCUUCAGCUCCUUUCCCUUAUCCACAAGAAUUCAUUGAAGACGACUUUGUCGGCGGAGGCGAUGAUGACUCGUGGGUCAAGCAAGGUUUUGAACAAAGCGGCCCUCCCAUCUUUGGAACUCCACAGCAGCAGCAGCAGCAACGCCAUCCCACAAGUGAAACUGCCAGGGGACACGAACCCAUCCUGCCCAUGCCAAAGGCAAAGGAUGGUUCCGCCAGAGACCAAAUGUUCCGCAUUCACAACCAACUCAAGAAUCACCCAAACUUUGCCGACGACAAACUCUUUGGACCUGAAGACUUUGUUGACCAGAACCAGAACAAUCAGUUCCAACAACAACAACAAGAUCCAAACAUGUUUCGUGGCGAACCACCCAUGAAUCGUCCGCCACAAGGCCCAGGUCCAUUCGACCAAGGAUUCUUUGGAGGUCCUCCACCACCACCACAUGGCGGUGACGAUGAACCAUACUGGGGCAUCUAA